AUGGCAGACUCCAAAGAAGCCCUCCUCUCAGACAUCGACUCCGCCUCGGACACACCUCCCUCCCCUCCACCCGCCUACAAUAACCCCCUACCCCUCAAACAAGCCUCAUCCGGAGUCGGAGCGGGCAAACCACCACUCCCACGCCCACCACCGCUCCUCCUCCCCAUCCUCAAUACCCUGCGCACUCAGCGCGUGAUCCUCGCCUCCUCGUCACCCCGCCGGCGGCAAAUAAUGGGCUAUCUAGGCCUCCCGAACCUAGAAAUCAUCCCCUCAAACGCAGAAGAGAACCUGCCCAAAUCGCUAUCUCCAUUCGAAUACGUGCUCGGCACAGCGACCAAAAAGGCGCAGGCCGUGUAUGCACAGGAGCUGAACAACGAGGAAAAGGGCGAGCCCGCGCUCAUCCUCGCCGCGGACACGGUCGUCGUUGACCCAACCUCGGGCCGCAUCCUGGAAAAGCCGCGCUCCGAGGCUCAGCAUGUCGCCAUGCUCAAGACGCUGCGUGAUGUCAGGGUUCAUAAAGUCUACACGGCGCUUGUGGCUAUGGCCCCGCUGGCUAGCGCGAGAGACCCUGGGUAUGUGAUUGAGAGCACCGUUGAGGAGACCGCAGUGCACUUUGGGGAUGAUGUGACGGAUGAGUUGAUCCUGGCGUAUGUGCGUACGCGCGAGGGCGCGGAUAAAGCUGGCGGUUACGGGUUGCAGGGGCUGGGGAGUAUUCUCGUUGAAAAGGUGGAGGGGAGCUAUGAUAAUGUUAUUGGGAUGCCGCUGAAGGCGACGCUGAAGCUGAUUGAGACCGUCAUGGCCAGGGCGGAUGAUGAUGAACGCUUGCCGGAUGACCCGGUUUUGAUGGGGGAUAGUGAGGAUGAGGAGUGA